UACCGUUAAAAUCAUGUCGGUGCUACUGGAAGGCAGGUCGUACAGGCCGUUCAAGUCCUCGGAGGAAUACCUGAUAGCGAUGAAGGAGGACCUGGCUGAAUGGCUGAACGCCCUGUAUCCGGAACUUAGGAUCAAUCUCGACAAUUUUAUGGACAGGCUGGACACUGGCGUCGCUCUAUGCAAACAUGCGAACAACGUGCGGAAAUAUGCGGGCGACUACGUGGCGCGACGUCAGGCCCGCAAAAUGCCGAUGACACGCUCGAUAACCUCCUUGGCGCUGCCGAUGAGCCAGGUAAGCGACGUGCCCUACCUGCCCAAUGCCAAGGCCGGCACUUUCUUCGCCCGCGACAACGUCUCGAACUUCAUCGACUGGUGCCGCAACAAUCUCGGUAUCAUCGAGUGCCUGCUCUUCGAGACCGAGGACCUGAUUAUGCGUAAGAACGAGCGACACGUGAUAUUGUGCCUCCUGGAGGUAGCGCGUCGCGGUGCCAAGUUCGGCAUGCUCGCGCCGUUGCUGGUCCAGAUGGAGAGGCAGAUCGAUCGAGAGAUCGCCGCCGAGAACAAGGCGGCGAACGGCGCCGACAACGAGGAGACCGACGACGAGUACGAGGAAGAGCCGUGUCUCAUAUACGGACCGCAGCCGCAGAUCGUCACGAACGAUCUCAAGACCCUCCACGAGUUGGUUCGCGAUAUCGUGGAGGAAUGCACGUGUCCGACGCAAUUUCCGAUGAUUCACGUGGCCGAGGGCAAGUACCGGAUCGGCGACACCAAGGUCACGAUCUAUGUCCGGGUCCUGCGUAGUCACGUGAUGGUGCGUGUCGGUGGUGGAUGGGAUACUCUCAGCCAUUAUUUAGAGAAACACGAUCCGUGCCGAUGCAGGAACUCGCAUCGCUCGAUGGUCUCGGCGAAGCUCAUUCAAAAGGCCAGCGGAUCCUUCGAUCUGGGCAACGCGCAGGUGCAUUACGAACGAUCAUCACCUCCAAGAACCAGGCGGAGUUCCGCGUCGAGCGUCGGUUCGGUACAGAAUCUGCAAUCGGCGCAGCUGCACGCACCACCCAGGAGCAUUUCCAGCAAUCGCUCGCGAUCGCCCACACCUCACCGGCCGACGGCCAGCAGCAAGCAGCAACAGCAUCAGCAUCAGCCACAAUCGGCCGAGGAGCUGAAGAAGCGCUCGAGGAGUCCCACGCCGCACAGGAAACUGCUGGCGAGUCCGAAUCAGACCGAUUUGGCGAAACAGAGAUCGAGGUCGCCGACACCUAGGGCGAACCUGAGAUCGAGGAGUCCGACGCCGCGGAAAAAUACAGAUUCGUCCAGGAGGAACGUCAACGAGGAGGCGCGAUCGCCAACCUGUCACGGGAAACUUCCGGAAAACGGCCGAGAGAGCGGCCUUAAAGUGCCGGGCGAGUUUACGAAACGAUACAUCGUGGAGGGUGGCGUGGCGCGUCGCGCCGUCGAGAGGGAUGACACGCCGAAGUACGAGCCGUCCAUCUACAACUACAAGUGCAGCGAGGACUCGAGUGGCAGUCGAAGCCCCACGCCGAGCAAGGAGGAACAGCCGCCCAUCGAGACUUUCGGCAAGGACACCCAGGCGAACACCCAGAAGUCGCCGCACGGAGACGGAGAGCACUCGGACAACUGCAGCGAGGUCUCCGACGAGGGUUACCGAAGCCUCGGUGCCGUCCAAUCGUCCACCGCCAACGGGAAUUCCGCCAGUACGCAGAGCUCGCCCACGGUUGCCGAGUGUCAAAAGCAACCGCCAAAAACUGAGCCUGAGGAAAGAUCUGGCGUGGAGACCGACAGCAUCGAGACCGGGCUGCGCAAGGUGAUUCGAAAGGACAGACUGGCGAGUCCUUUACGAGUCUCGUCCCCGUCCAGGAGCACGGCGUCCUCGUCGACGGACGACAGGACCCCACGAGCCGGUUCCGUCGCGCGAGAGAACAGCAACCUAUCCAAGACCUCGUCCGGAAGCAAGACGCCCAAGGACAGCAAUUCCAGCCCGGAGGGUAGUCCGCUGAACCGAGGCGGCUCGAUGCGCAACCGGGGUAACGGAACGGUCCGCAAGUCAACGCCGAGCGGAAGUCUCAGCAAAGCGCUGUCACCGAUACCGAUUCCCAGUUUCACGAAGACGACGUCCUUUGGCGGUAGCGCCACGUGGAACGGCCGUCAGACCAGGCGGCGAGCCAGCAUUCAGACGGACACCUUCUUGGAUCCGAGCUCGACGCCGGCCACGUGCGCCACGACGCCGAGUUUCUCGCGGAAGAGCCCGGGCAGGCAGAGUCUGCAGUCGCGGCCGAGCCUGAACGGAGUUCAGUACGAUAGGAACGGCAGGAGGAUCAGAGCGUCCGCUACGGGAACCGCGUCUCUCCAGUCGUCGCCUACGAAGGUGACGAAUCCGUUGCUCGAUCAGAUACUGCAGAAACUGGGCGACUUGAAGGACGAGCGGCAGAUGGUGCAGAAGCUGCAGGGCCUUCUGAGGGAUUAUCAGGCUACCUCGACCGACCGUGCUGCGAAUAUGGACUUCGCCAAAAUGUGGGUGGACAGUAACGGGACGAUGACUGUGCCUCAGGAUGUUCAGGUAUCGGUUUCUCCCCGAAAAGAUCCCAAACCUCAGGAAGGUUGUUCGAGGAUACCGGUGCCUCGUACCGUAUCCUAUAAAAGACCGAUGUCCGUGGCAUCGGAUAGCGUUUGAGAGUGGUAUAUCGGGUAGCCUUCUUGCGUUAGGCUAAGUUAGGCUCUUCGACUCACCGCUGACAUUAGCGAGAGCAACCAUUCGCGUCUCUUGCUGCGCUUGAUUCUUCAUUCGAUUUAAUAGAUGAGUCGGACGUCUUAAUAACGGAGAGGAAAUAAUAGGGGUAUAUAUAUAUUUUAUAGUUGACUUUUAAAAAUGUGUUUUAUAAUUGACUCGGAAAGAUAGUACGUAAAGGGAGAUUCAGAGAUCUGUAGUUUGAAAAGUUUACCAAUUUUUAGAAGUGCAGGAAAAGAAAAAUCGAGAGAGUCCAUGAUAAGAUUGAAUUACUCUAUACUAAAAAGAUUAUUUGUGAUAUCAAAUUUUUACUUUUAGCGAGUGAAAAGUAUCGUAAAUAGUGGAUUGGUCUAAUUUAUUUAAAUUUUUUUAGACUAUUUUAGAUAUUUUUUUAACAUCGAAAGACGAUGCUCUUUAAGAGAUCGCUCCCUACUAAAUAUUUCAGAAAUUCACAAAAUUACAAUUUUGUAAUUUUUUUAAUUAUGUAAGCUUGAAGUUUCAAAGUGCUUGAUAUUUUUUUAUCUCAAGAUUUAAAAUCAAAGUCAACUAACUUCAGAUGCAUUUUGAGAUUAAAAAACACAUUUACAAGUUUUAAUAUUUAAAACUUCAAAAACUUUAA